GUGCAUAAGAAUAUUUGUUACGUUUUUCGUGUUUACACUUCAAACCUAUUAAAAUUAUACACAUGGACUAUAUUUAGAAAUUACUCAUACAUUGUUUAAAUAAUUAGUGUUUAAUUUAUAAUUGUUUUACUAAGAUAGACUAUUUAUAAAUAAGACAUCAUGUAUAAUACUGGACCACCACCACCUUAUGAAUCACCUCCAUAUGCACCGCCUGGUUAUUCACAAACAAUGGGUGGUGUUCCACCUGCUAGCCCUUUCACAUCUGCAGAAACUUACACAACUGGACCAACUAUAGUAACAACAAUUGUUCCACUGGGACCAGGAUCAACACAUACAAUUUGUCCACAUUGCCAUGCAGAAAUAGAUACUACAACAAAGACAGAACCUGGCAUGAUUGCCUAUAUAUCUGGGGUUUUAAUUGCAUUAAUGGGAUGUUGGUUGGGAUGCUGUUUGAUUCCAUGCUGUAUUGAUGAAUGUAUGGAUAUUCAUCAUAGUUGCCCUAACUGUAAAGCUUAUCUGGGACGUUAUAGGAGAUAAGAUAACACAAUACUAGUAUCUAUUGCAUUUCACUUUGAAGCCAUUUGAAAGUUGCAUCAUAUAUAUAUACAUAUAUAAUGAAUAAGUUUCAGUUUUUAUCUUCAACAAAUCUUCAAUUUGCAAUGUUUGGAACAUAAACAGUCAGCUUCAAAUAUUUUUCACAUGAAAGUUUGAUAUAUACAAUGCACAAUUCAAGAUUGCACAUAAUUAUAUAAAAAAAGUAUUUGAUAUUUACUUUCAUAAAAGGGAUCAUUAAAAAUAUUCGUGGAUUUAAAUAUUAAAUAAAAAAGUUCCUAAAAUUCAAUUUAUUUGUUAUAUUUGAAAACUUUUUCAUUAUAAAAGUAUAAAGUAGUUGAGCAGAAUGUACAAAUGAAAACAAGGUUCAUUGAUAAUUUUGUUUACAACAAAUAGUACACAAUAUAAAUUUUCAUAUGUAACAUGUAUAUAAAAUUACUUCUAGAUGAGGUAAUAUUCAAGGUA